CAGUGUGAGCAAAGGUCUGCUCUUAUCUUACUAUUUAUCCAGCAGAGAUUAUCACAGUCACAUCCACUGCUGUCUGACUGCUCAGAUGAAAUCCGAGAGAGAAAGAGAAAGAGAAAAAGAGACACAUAUACAGAGUGGAAGAUAAUGAUAGAAAAUGAGAAUAAGUUAAGGCAGUCGUCACAGAACUGAUUUAAAUACAACUCAUCAGAGACUUGUGGUCCGUUUGUCCCUGUGGCAGUGACUCUGGAGGCACACAGCUGACCGCAUUAUCCACUUCCCCUCUCUCUUCCUCUCACCGUGCUGCCUCCUCUCCCUCCCUACACCAUGGAGGAGGUCACCAAGGAGACAACACCUGCCCCGCUACCUCUCCUGGAACGGCGCGUUCGCCAGCGCCAGCCCACAGUUUCAGUCCUCAAAUCCAAGCUGAAGCAGGGUGUGACCUGCUCCGUGCCCAGAGUCCGAUCCACCCUGACCGGGUUCUUCCCUGUGGUGAGCUGGCUGCCUAAAUAUAAGCUCAGAGAGUACAUCUGGGGCGAUACAAUGUCAGGUGUGAUUGUUGGUAUCAUCUUGGUACCACAGGCCAUUGCAUACUGCCUACUGGCAGGAGUGAAGCCCAUCUAUGGUUUAUACACCUCAUUUUAUGCCAACAUCAUCUACUUCCUCAUGGGGACAUCCAGACAUGUCUCUGUGGGGAUCUUCAGCCUCAUGAGCCUCAUGGUCGGACAGGUGGUGGAUAAAGAGCUGUUCCUGGCAGGUUUUGACCUCAAUGAGGAAUCAACACAGUCUGGGCCUGAUAUGUUUAAUGCCACACUAGGAUCUAACCUCACAGCUGGUACACUUCACAGUGUGGAGUUAAUGGGAGUGCAGUGUGGGAAGGAGUGUUA